AAUGAAAGUUGAACUCCAUGUCGAUAUAGAGGAUAAUUUACACCGAUUUAAAAAUACUUCACGUUAAAAGAAAUCUUGUAGACACCUGCAUAAAUGGUAGCGUCUAUCUAACAGCUCUGUAACAUUACCUGCUAAAGAAAACUUAUAAUAAAGCGGUGAUAAUAAUAAUGCAGAAUAUGCAGCCAAGUGAUAAGUAAUCACCAUAAUAUUACCGUUAAUUAAGUGGCAUCCUAUUGUCAUUUAAUUUUUGAAAGCCUCCGAUGUUAACUAAACGAAAACCGUCAACGUUUCUAGCUAAAAAAAACUAGGCUAGCGUUGGCUGCAUCGCAUUUCCGUUUUGCUAACGUUGGCACUGGUGUUGAAUUUGUACCUGUGGUCGGCUGUGUCGGCUGUGUCGGCUGUACCAGCUCACUCUGAGCCAAGACCAAACCGGAAUUGUACAGAAAGCUUGGAUUCAACGUUGAGGACAUGGUUAAUGUCACACCACUGAAAGGAGGUGAAGAAACACAGGAGCCCAAAGUUGAAGAGCUGAUAGCCAAACUAAGAAGGCUCCAACAAGGUAAAAGAGCCCUGGAAGAGGAAAUUGAGGAGCUCAAAUCUGUCAGUGACUCUUUGCAGAAAGAGCUGGUAACCUUACAAACUGAGGCUUACCAACUGAGGGGAAUCUCUAAAGAAAAAGAAGAGUUGUGCAGGAAGCUGCAGUUCCAGUGUGAGGAGUCCGAGCAGGACUCUGCCAGGCAGUUCAAGCACAACAAGAAAAGUGAGGAACUGCUGGAACAGUAUAGAUGUGAAAUCCAGGAAUUCAAGCUUAAACACCGGAAGCAGCGCCUUUUUUUCUGCAGGUUGAAGUUUGAAAACCAACUUCAUCAGCUGAUAGAGCAGCAUAAGAAUCUGCACUCCAUCUUUGCUCCAGAAAGGCUCCCAGAUGAAUUAGAGAGUGUAGAGAAUACAAAAAGUCAACUGAUAUCAGCAGAACAGCUGAAGUUGGCUCAGCUGCACCGCCUCAGUGAGGAGCUAGAAGAUGUGAGGAAACAGAAGCAGUUGGGAGCAACAACUGCAGAGACUCAGGAUCAGUAAAACUACACGUGCAGUGGUUGUUGUUGAGAGUCAGAGGUAAUGGGCCCGUGUUUUACUCCCAGCCAGAGGCACUUAAAUUUCCCAAAUGUCAGCUUCUGGGUUUCAUCGGCCUAAAGGUUAGAGAAUCCUGUCAAACCUGUACAGCAAAAAACUAAACGUCAGUUGACUUCAAAAGGAAAAAGUUUUGAAUUUUUGUCACAACUUGUUGAUUAUUCCAGUGACAUCUAACUAAAAUGUUUGCCUACCAAACUCUACUUAUUCCUGUGUCCUAGGAUAUUUUUCUCUGAGUAGUUAUUGCUUUUAUAUUAACUGUUCUGCGAAGCAUAGGCUUGUUUUUGUGAUCCAGUUUAUUGCUGUAAUAUAUGCAAAUUAGAUGUAUUUAAGAAAUGUGAAAUAUUUUACAUUCUAUGACUGGUGAAUGGUGUUUUUGAUAGGCAGAUGUUAGAAGUAGUAUCCUGUAUGGUACUAUGUUCAUUUUACUUUAAUAUCGUAUAGAUAUAAUAUAAAGGUGUUCAUAUAUUUAAAAAUAUAUAGUUUUUAAUGCUGUCACACUGCUAUCAAAGGGGUCUUAUUUUAUGAAUCUUAAAGAACUUAUAAAUGAAAACAGUACAGCCAUAAUACACACACCUCCUUUAUACAUGUGUACACAGACACAUUCAACUUCAGUUUUAAAA